AUGGCACCCCUCCGCCGAUAUCUCCGGAUCACAAAGUACUCGGUGCUUGAAUGCCGCAUCUAUCUCGACAACCCGGCCCUGGCACAGAGCUGGCUGCUCAACCCACGGAAUCCCAUCCUGCCCAAAGUAAUUGAGAGUGUCCGCCCCCUGGUAUUACCAAAACUCCGCGAGGAAAAGGAACGCGAAAGAUCCAAAAAGAAGAGCUCCAAGAAGAAGACCAUCAAAGAUGUCGUCGUUCAAGACGAGUUUGAGGUCUCCAUGUUCUUGACUGAGACCACCACCCGUCAUUCGCUGCUCACUAAGCACAAGCAUUUCCGCGACAAGGCACAGAGCAAGUUGAAGUCCAACUCUAAUAAGCUCAUAAACGAAACCAAUGACACACCCAUUGACCUGGACGCCGAAUCCGCCGAUACUACGGUGCACAUUCGGCACGAAAGUGAGUCCGAAGAAGAGCCCGCCGGUCUUUCCCGUAUCCCCGCGGUUGAUGAAACAACACGGCCUCGGCGCUCCAAAAGACAGCGCGGGGCAGCUCGUGAUCAAGACGAUGAUCACGACCUUGCUUCGGACGACGAUAUUGGCGGGGAGGCCUCGGCAAUCGAGAUAGACUCGGACGACGACGCUCCCCGCCCGUCCAAGCGCCUGAAGAAACAGACUACCGGGUCUGGCGACGACCAGGAAGACGACGACAAGAAGAAGAUGGCCAUGGAUGUCUCGUAUGAGGGGUUUGCCAUCUACGGUCGUGUCCUGUGCCUCGUCGUCAAGAAACGCCAAGGUCUGAGGCUGGCGUCGUCGGGCACUUCUGGGAACGCCAAGCAGCCGGCUGGCCAAGCCAGCAUGGAGAACUGGAUCACCUCAACUCAGAUGCCUAACCCUGGUGCCGAGGAAGACGCCUUGUGA